AAUUUACCACCACCUAUUAGCAUCUCACUAUUAUGGUAUAUUCAUAAUAUCACUAUAGUAUAUCUUUACCACUAUGUUAUAAUCUUCUACAUCACCAUUAUAUAAUAUUGUAAAACACAAUUCUAGAGUAUCGUGUUUCUUUUUCUAAAAUACAUCAAAUUAUUUAUAUUUCAUUUUCCUCAUUACUCGUGUUCCUAAUUAUAUUCUUCCAGUGUAUUUCAUAGAUAUGUGGCGCUAAUUAUUCAUCGUUUCAUAAUGACCAAAAUAAUUGCAGCCAUCGUCGGGAACGGAUUCAUAGCCAAAGGCAUAACCAUCGAGAACUCCGCCGGGCCCAGCAAGCACCAGGCCGUCGCCCUCCGCUGCAGCGCCGACCUCGCCGCCUUCCACCAGUGCAGCUUCGUCGGCUACCAGGACACCCUCUACGUCCACUCCCUCCGCCAGUUCUACCGCGACUGCGACGUCUACGGCACCGUCGACUUCGUCUUCGGCAACGCCGCCGCCGUCCUCCAGAACUGCAACCUCUACGCCCGGAAGCCCAACCCGAACCAGCGCAACAUCUUCACGGCCCAGGGCCGCGAGGACCCGAACCAGAACACGGGCAUCUCGAUCCACAACUGCAAGCUGGCCGCCGCCGCGGACCUGAUCCCGGUCAAGGCCCAGUUCCGGACCUACCUGGGCCGGCCCUGGAAGCUUUACUCGAGGACCGUGAUCAUGGGCUCGAACAUAGAGGAUGUGGUUGACCCGGCCGGUUGGCUCGAGUGGAACGGGACGUUCGCGCUCGACACGCUGUACUACGGGGAGUAUAGGAACGUUGGGGGCGGGUCGAAUACGACCCGGAGGGUGACGUGGCCUGGGUACCGGGUGAUUAAUAGUUCGGUCGAGGCGGGUCAGUUCGCGGUUGGACCGUUUAUUCAGGGGAAUGAGUGGCUUAAUUCUACUGGGGUACCUUUCUCUUCGGGUCUCUGAACAAGAGAUUUUUUUUUUUUUGGUCUUUUUUAAGUGUUACUUUUUGAUUGAGCGUAAUGGGCUUAGGGGUUAUUAGAGAUGAUCAAUAAAUUUAAGUUGUAUUUGGUCCGAUUUCUCGGAUAUUUUGUUAGUUUGAAAGAAAUAGUUGGGCUAAAUGUUGGGAUUCGUUAAGCUGUUCAAAACCUGGUUACUGGAUUUGUAAGGGUUGGUAACAAUGUAGUUAAAAUCGUGUUUUAAAAUUUGAAAGUUCACUUUUUUAUAAUUUUAGAUUAUCAAAACGCUUUUAAGUAAAUCUUCCUUUUUUACACUUCUAAAUCUCCAAACAUCUUCUACGUAGAAUCAUAAUUUUGGCUGUAUUAGUUGGUAACUUGGUAUAGUAUCACUAUUUGUUAAUUAGUAUGUAAAACCAAACCAAAUUACUUAAAUCAAACAAACCAAAAAAUUUAACCAAUCCAAAUAUCCAAAUUAACCAGAUCAAAUUAGCCAAACACUACAAGUUAACAAAGUUACCACGGUAAACUUUAUGUUUGAACAUCCCUACUCAUACGAAUUCAAUAUCUAACAAGACCGAAGAAGACAUGAUCUCUAUAAAUAAUAAAUCAUGUGAGCAAAAUUGUAUACAUGAUUUUUAUAAGAGCCACAAGGUUAACAUGACAUAUCUUUUUUGUUUGUGAAAUUAUUUCAAAAUAAGUUUGGAAGCAAGCUUAGUGUGUCGUUUGUACUCAUGAAUUUCGAAAAGGAUUGCCCGAAGCAUGUUGGCUCUCUUUAAAAUGAAUGUCAUAUGGGAGAUAGCUUCCUUAUUUGGUUGUCUUUAUGUAUUUUAAGGUAUUGGAAGAAACUAAGCAAUUUAGCAAAUUUUGGUAUACAAAAACGGGGUUAUUAUAAGAUUUAUGGGUUUCGUGAAAGAAUUAUAUUAAAACUAUAGUAAGAGUCAAAUCAAAUUUAAAUUGAUGACCUCUUGAUCUACAGUCAAAUACUCUGCCAUUGGGCUUGAAUUCAAUAUGAGCAGAGGAAGCAAGCAAAUGAGAAAGAGGAAGAAGAUGGAGAAAAUUGAAUUUGAAAGUAAUUGGCGAAAAAUCAAGCAGGCCGGACAAAACAAUCAAUUGGUUCUUUUGAUCUAAGCCAACAAGAAACAAUAAAAAAUAAAAUAAAGGAGAAAUUAUUGUCAAUCAUGAUCAUAGAUGGCUACUUGACAAUGCCACCGAUCCACCCACCACCGUCUGAUCCACAAAUAUUCCCAGCAAGGGGACUCUGAGCACUCGUUUUCCUUUUAUAUUUAUCCAAACCAAAAUCAUAUAUCACGUAUCCAUUUGUGAUUAGCUAUAUACAAUUAUUCGCGGUAGUGAUACCAUGUUUAGAACACUAAUGGUACUAGUCUAGAUAUAGGUUUCGUACUGACACUGGUUUAACUGUCGAAAAAAGUAUUGGUCCUGGUAUUGGUUUUCUUGCCCUAGUGAUAUUGGUUCUCGUAUAAUAAUAAUUUUUGUGCAAUGGUAUAAGGAUGGAGGAUUUGAAGUCCCAAAAUACAAUAAAUAUGGAUAAAUAAUUCAAUAUUAAUCUUACCUUAAAUUUGCAACAUACAAACCACCCGUAACAUUUGGACCACAUCCGGUCCCUCGUCGUCUCAAGUAUGGAUUGUUAAAGGGAUAAAAUGGGCAGAAUAAAAAUCCCGGAAAACAUAAAUAGUACAAGGUGGUUCCACCCUCGUUGAUGGGAUUCUAUUUCCGGACCAUCCACAAACAGCAGACAAACCCCAUCAUCCCUAACCACCCAGCAUGUAUGCGUCGAAAGAAAGACGCAUGUCCUAUCCACCGCUAGCAUGCACCAAAAGAGCGUGUAACUAGAGAGAGUUGCCCUGAACCACCAAUGGAAAUUCGAGCCUACUUCGACGAUGUGAGCUCCAAGGUCGUCGUCUUUGUAUCGACAGUGCACUAUCAGCUUCUUGCAUCUAAACUCAUUUUGAAUAUAGACAGUGAUCUGGAUCGAUCAUUGAAGGGCGUGUUGUAAUUGUCACCGCUGCAACGACCACUGCUGCUUGUAGUUUUGUGGGGAUUAGCCGCUUCAUCCUUGUAUAUUUGAUGGAGGGCAGAUCUUAAUCCUUUUACUCUCUUCCUCUACCUCUCUCUUCUUCUUCCUUUUAUAUUUAUCCAAACCAAAAUCAUAUGUCACGUAUCCAUUUGUGAUUAGCUAUUAUACAAUUAUUCGCGGUAGUGAUACCAUGUUUAGAACACUAAUGGUACUAGUCUAGAUAUAGGUUUCGUAUUGACACUGAUUUAACUGUCGAAAAAAGUAUUGGUCCUGGUAUUGGUUUUCUUGCCCUAGUGAUAUUGGUUCUCGUAUAAUAAUAAUUUUUGUGCAAUGGUAUAAGGAUGGAGGAUUUGAAGUCCCAAAAUACAAUAAAUAUGGAUAAAUAAUUCAAUAUUAAUCUUACCUUAAAUUUGCAACAUACAAACCACCCGUAACAUUUGGACCACAUCCGGUCCCUCGUCGUCUCAAGUAUGGAUUGUUAAAGGGAUAAAAUGGGCAGAAUAAAAAUCCCGGAAAACAUAAAUAGUACAAGGUGGUUCCACCCUCGUCGAUGGGAUUCUAUUUCCGGACCAUCCACAAAUAGCAGACAAACCCCAUCAUCCCUAACCACCCAACAUGUAUGCGUCGAAAGAAAGAUGCAUGUCCUAUCCACCGCUAGCAUGCACCAAAAGAGCGUGUAACUAGAGAGAGUUGCCCCGAAACACCAAUGGAAAUUCGAGCCUACUUCGACGAUGUGAGCUCCAAGGUCGUAGUCUUUGUAUCGACAAUGCACUAUCAGCUUCUUGCAGCUCAACUCAUUUUGAAUAUAGACAGUGAUCUGGAUCGAUCAUUGAAGGGCGUGUUGUAAUUGUCAUCGCUGCAACGACCACUGCUGCUUGUAGUUUUGUGGGGAUUAGCCGCUUCAUCCUUGUAUAUUUGAUGGAGGGCAGAUCUUAAUCCUUUUACUCUCUUCCUCUACCUCUCUCUUCUUCUUCCUUUGAUGUUUGUUGCUUUUACAGACGCGCGAUAAAAGGCGUUGGAUGAUAGAGGCCCGAGUUGGAGACUUGGAGUAGAAGAGUUUUUGGGUUCUCUUUAUUACUCUUUAAAUUCUUUGUUCUUUACUACUGUUUAUUUAUGAGUGAUUCGACCAUUUGAUUUUUUUUUUGUUGAGAUUGUACUGUUGCCGACAGCUAAUUUGUUAUCAUACAUAUACAUUGGGUAAAGAUUGGUAUAUCUAGGCGAUCUAACUUACUUCGUUGAGCUCCGAUCAAUUUUAGUAAUUAAUUAUUAUAUUUUAUUUGAGUUUAUAAAAUCAGGCCUGAAGUUUAACCAUCAGAAAUUAAGAUAUACUAGAUAUUAUCACACCCAAAAUCAAUUUAAUUCAUUAUCAAGUUAAAAAAGUAUCUGAAAUAUACUCCCAAUGUAUAGCAAUCUGCUCCAUAUUUAUUCUUAAUUUCUUACAUGUAUAUACUAGAGUGUUGAGUGAUUAUGUGGCUUGUUAAAUUAGGAGUAGUUAGUGUUCAAUGAGUAGUUUUUUAUCCAAAUAUCAAUGCUCACGAGCGGCUUUCUUCAUUGCUACUAAUAGGAAGACCCAUGCUUGCCCAAUAGCCGGAUUGGGUUUGGGUAAUACCUAAAGUCUACUAUCAACCAAGAAAAAAUUUACAACUAACCAAAUUGAAACAUAAAGGAAAUUUACAAAAAGCCAAAAACGUAUUAGAUCCCUGGUAGGAAUCUGCUUCAUUGAUCCCCACAUGUUUCUCUAUCUUGACUUUUCUCCAGUGAUUUUACUGGAUCGUUUGGAAUAUUCUGACGUCAUAUCUAACGAACUAGGAAUCAAUAAACGUACACGGUCGGAGCUGAAGGAUGGCCGGAGAGACAGCGGAUGUAUAUACUCUUAUCGGUCCGCUAUAAAGAUAGGGGGAAAUAAAGGAUUGAAAAAAGCUGGCCAAAACUAGAGUUGUGAAAAAAGUCUGGACUUAACUAUGAAGACCGGAAAUAAAGGAAUAAUUAGAUAGGUAAAACUAUAGUUGGGAAAACAAUUUAAGAUUUUCGGUCAAAUAGUAAACCAAAUUGUUUAAAACAAUUCGAUUGCAGCUGAAAACCAGAUUGUGUCCUAUCUGGAUCUAUUUUGGUAAUGGUGGAGAAAGAAGAAUAAGAAUUAGCUAUCGUUAUUUAAAUUUAAUCAAUAAUGAUUGAUGAUCAUAAGAAUUUUCUCUCUCAUACGGAUCUAUAUCUAACAAGAUCGAAGAAAUGUGAUCUGUAUAAAUGACAAAUCAUGUGAGCUAUAUGGUAUACAUGAUUUUUAUGAGCCACAAGGUUAACAUGUUAUAUGUUCUCAUGAAUUUCAAAUUUAGUUUAAAAGCAAGCUUGGUGUGUCGUUUGUACUCAUGAAUUUCGGAAAGGAUUGUGUGGAGCAAGUUCUCUCUCUUUAAAAAGAGUGUCAUAUGGGAGAACAACCAUCUCUUUCUUUAUAGCCAAACACCCUAACACAAGCAGCUCCUUCACCAUUCGUCUAUUCCCUUGCUCCUGUCGUCGAAAAACAAAGUAAUCAUUCAUCCAUUCCCCUGCUCCUCUCGCCAAAAAAUAGACAGGUGAUGGUUUAUACUUUAUACUAGUGCUAAAAAAAAUCAGAAGGUUUGUUUGGUGUCAUUGUUGUUAUUGGUGGUGACUUCAUUUGGCCAAUCAAAUUUGAAUGCCCUCAUGGAGCUCCAUAUGGGUAUUAUGGAGGACACAUCAGGGACAGUGAUCGAGUCGUGGGAUUCUACAUCCAUUGCUUCCAAUGGAUGUCCCAAAAAUUAGUACGAAAUUGUGUGCAAUGAUGGCAAUAUGGCUUCAAUCAAUCUGAAUGGGACGAGUCUAGGUGGGUAUUUCAGUUUUCCAGUGAUCUUUGUUCUUAAAAUAUUGUGCAACUUGUCAAUUUCGAACAAUCAUUUCAGUGGUGUGUUGUCCAUUCAAUAUCAAAAUAUAAGUCAUAAUGCAUUUAAUGGUGAGAGUUGUUUGCUCAUGGAAUAACAUCUUUUAGUAGUCUAUAGGUUUUUUAUGCCACCAAUAACUAGCUGGUUUUACAGUAACUCCAUUCAAAUUUAUUUUCUCUCUUCAAAGGCUUAGGUUUGGAGGAAAUCAGUUGUCAAGAACUAUACCAGGAGGUCUUCUGUAACAAAGUCUGAUGUUACUGUUUGAACUAGAGAUGUGUACGUCAAAUGAAUUGGAUUCAUGAAUUGGUAGAUUAGUUGGAUAUUUAAGUGGAUAUAUUGGAAUGAAUUAGCGAAUUGGAU